CCCUUUGUGACACGGUGGCCGUCGUCAAUGGGAUGGGACAGGGCAGUGUGUCCAAGGGCCCUUUGUGACACGUCCUGAUAUAGGUGUUUGGCGGCAACGCGGCCACGCCAUUGUGCUCGGAGCACGCGUCUGGUCAGGACGGGAGAGAGCGGUGCUGUGAGGAGUCUCCUCGCAGCCAACUCGUUCGUUGCUGACCCGAAGCAUUUCCGAGAGUUCUUUUUGUAGCAAGAUCCCUCGAGGCCAAACCACGGGAGUUGGUGACCCAGAGCUUUUCUGAGGCAUCCCCACUCCCUGUGGGAGUGGCCCUCGAGGCCAGGCCACGGGACUUGGUGACCCGGAACUUUUCUGGGCAUCACCAGUCCCUGUGGAAGGUGCCCUCGAGGCCAGACCACGGGACUUGGUCACCUGCAGUCCCUGUGGAAGGUGCCCUCGAGGCCAGAACACCCGACUUUGUGAUCUGGAGUUUUUCCCGGGCAUCCCCACUCCCUGGGGAAGGUGCCCUUGAAGACAUUCUGUGAGUCUUGACGACCACAGACUUUUCCAAGGAGUCUCUCGUGCCCUCGAGGUCAACGUGUGGGAUGGCGGAGAGACGCUCUGGCCUGCGCAGGCUGCUCAGGCCGAAGAGGAAGAGAGAAGGCCCUGGGGCUGCCUCAGCACAGCAACCUGAGGAGAUGCAGCACUUCCAGCCCCUGCAGCAGGAUCCAGACCAGGACCGGACAGAGGAGCAGGAACGCCCCCAUGGCCGCUUCCGCAGAGCAGUUCAGAGGUUUCUGAAAUUCAUGGGCAUUCGGCGCAGAACACCCAGGACCACACCACCUGAGGUUAGGGCAGAGCCUGACAGCAGGCCAAGCGAGAUCAAGGAGACGCCUGAUGUCAGCACUGCGCCAAUUGAUUGCACGGAAACCUCUGACACUGCUUUGAACAAGGACAUGGCAAACUCUGACACCGCACUGGCCAAUCUCACUGUGAAGGCUGAAAUGGAACUGACUCAUUGCGCAACAAAGCCUGACGUCGCUUUGGCUGAUGACACAAUCGGCUCUGACACCGCAGCGACUGAUGUCAUGGCCAAGGCUGACAUCGCGCCGAUGAUGAUCGAUGGCACAUCAAACUCUGACGGGGCACCAAUGGACGGCACAGCAAAGCCUGACAACGCUUUGGCUGAUGACAGAACCAGCUCCGACACUGAUAGCGUGGCACAGGCUGACAUCGCACCGAUGCCGACUGAUGGCACAUCAAGCUCAGCCACGGCAUCGAUGGAGGACACAGCAAAGCCUGAGACUGCGUUGACCCAUGACACAUUCAACGCUGAAACCGAAGCAACCGAUCUCAUGGCAGAGGGUGACGCCACGACUGAGGGCAUCGGAAACGAUGACACCACCCCCACUCCGAGUGCCACCGAUGCUCCCAAUCUGGACUUUUUCCUGGAGAAAGGUGUCUGCAGUUGGAAGCAAGUAAGCAGCCUGUGGCCAGGGCUCAAGUGCAUCAGGGGUCUUGUGGCCCCUCAAGCUGGGUCUGCUGGGCCCCCUAAGCCUUUGAGGCCACACAGUGUGGUGGGAAGGGAAGCACUUCUUGGGGGAAGCUGAGCAACCUGCUCGCUCUGACAACUCU